AUGUCCGCCGCCAUGAACAAGGAAAAUCUCAUCAAUCAGCUGCCCUCCUCGCCUUACACCCCCACGCAGAAGGGGCUCAAGGUCUCCACCCCUCAGAAGAAUAACGCUACCAAGUUCAAGACAUCCUCGAAGGGUUCGCGUCAGGCUCUGCAAGAUGCCACCCCGAACGGUACCAAGCAGCAGCAAAAGAUCCGUGUGCUGAAGAGGAAGCUUGUCCACACCACACAAGCUUUGCGCGAGGCCGAGAGCACCAUCAACGACAUGAGGGUGGAGGCAGCCGCGUCUGAGCGAGAGGUCGCCCUUUUGCGCGCCCAGCUCGCGCAGAAGCAAGCCAGCUAUGAGGCCGGCAGCGAUGACGAGCAGCAGCCCGCCGCGCCGCAGCUGCCCGCCCGCUACAGGGACAUCGGCCUCGGCUUCCGCGUCGCCUCGCUUCCCAACGAGACCGACGACAAGUCGUCGACGCACAACGAGGAGCUGAUGCUCGCCGCUCCCACUGCCCAGCCGCAGCACUACAAGGAUCUGCAGCUUGGCUUCGCCGUCAACUCGCUGUCCAUGGAUUUCUGA